GACACAUCCUUCCUUACCGCGUAAAUUAACGGAACACAAAACUAGUCAGCAAUGUUCCUUUCUUCUGAAACCCAAAAGCACCACCAUUGACUACUACUUCUUCUUCUUCUUCUUCUUCCUCUUCUCUAUUGAAAAUAAAUAAAUAAAUAAAAAAGAAAAAAAAAUGGGGUCUCUGCCUGCAUUUCCAGAAGCCAAACAGGGCGUUAGGGACGAUUGCAUUGACGAAAUCACCCUCACGGAUCUCUUCAAGGAGCAGCAGAGGCACCUCAACUUCUUCUUCGACCGCAUGGAUCACUCUCAAACCCUAUCCUUCACACGCGCCCUCCUACGCGCCACCGGCACCAUCUUCUUCACCGGCGUCGGAAAAUCUGGCUUCGUCGCCAACAAGAUCUCGCAGACGCUCGUCUCCCUCGGCAUCCGAUCCGCCUUUCUAUCCCCCGUCGACGCGCUCCACGGUGACAUCGGAAUCCUCUCCGCCGCUGACAUCCUCGUCCUCCUAAGCAAGUCCGGCGCCACCGACGAGCUCCUCCGCCUCGUCCCCUGCGCCAGGGCGAAAGGCGCCCGCCUCAUUGCCGUCACGUCCGUUCAAGGAUGCGUGCUUGAGGCCGUGUGCGACAUGAAUGUGCAUCUGCCGUUGGAAAGAGAGCUCUGCCCCUUCAACCUCGCGCCGGUCACCUCUACCGCGAUUCAGAUGGUGUUCGGCGACACCGUCGCGAUCGCGUUGAUGGGAGCAAGGAACCUCAGCAAGGAGGAGUACGCCGGGAACCACCCCGCCGGAAAGAUCGGCAAGAGCCUUAUCUUCAAGGUGAAAGAUCUCAUGAAGAAGGAGGAUGAGCUUCCCAUUUGCAAGGAAUCGGAUUUGAUUAUGGAUCAACUUGUGGAGCUGACUAGCAAAGGAUGUGGAUGCCUGUUUGUUGUAGAUGAUGGCCGUCAUCUGAUUGGAACAUUUACGGACGGAGAUCUUCGCCGUACUCUCAAAGCUAGUGGGCAGGGCAUCUUCAAACUGACUGUGGGAGAAAUGUGCAACAGGAAACCAAGAAUUAUAGGUCCAGAAGCUAUGGCAGUGGAGGCCAUGAAGAAGAUGGAAGCUCCUCCAUCACCAGUCCAGUUUUUGCCUGUGAUAAAUGAUGACAAUGUUGUGAUUGGGAUUAUCACGUUGCAUGGUUUGGUUUCAGCUGGGUUGUGAUUAUUAUAUCACGCUAUUCUAGGCCUUUCUCAAUUUGUUUUCAUUGAAUCAUUCUUUCUUCCCAUCAACAACUGAAUCCACCCAAGUUCAAGUGGGGUCAGGGAUUCUUCUGUCAUUGUAUCAUCUUAGGAUUCAGAGAAUUCUCUUUCCAUUUUUUUUCUUUUUUUUUUUUCCGGCUUCUCUUUUUAGUCCAAAAAAGGAUCCGUGUUCUUUGAUGCAUUGUCACAUCUACCGACAUCACUGGCCCGAUUUGUAGCUGUUUCUGUGCAUCAAUUA